AUCAAAUCUACGGGUUUGUGCGCAUGCGAACCCUUUAUGGUGUGCUGUCAUGGCGGAGAAGAGGGCUGAGUCGGGGCAACCCCUUUUGUUUUUACUAAUUUCAGUGACUCUACUGCAUUUGUUUAUUUGUCCUUUUACAAAAGUAGAGGAGAGUUUCAACUUACAGGCAGUGCAUGACAUUCUUUAUCACAGACUUGAUUUUGAAAAGUAUGACCACCAUGAAUUCCCUGGUGUGGUGCCACGAACAUUCCUUGGACCUUUGUUUCUAUCUGUGGUCUCCUCUCCAAUGGUCUAUCUGUUGUCACUACUGGAGGCUUCGAAAUUCUUCACACAGCUGAUGGUCCGAAGUUGCCUUGGAGUGUGUGUCAUGCUAGCUCUAUGGUCCAUGCAGAGGGAGAUUCGGAGACAGUUCGGGUCAACUGUGGCAGGACUGUUCUGUCUCACCUGUGCCUCACAAUUCCAUCUAAUGUUCUACAGCACAAGACCUCUCCCCAACGUAUUUGCAUUGCCUAUAGUCCUGUUGGCAUUUGCUGCUUGGAUGGGUCAGAGGUACAGGUCCUUUGUUUGCCUUUCUGCUGUAGUCAUUAUUGUGUUCAGGUCAGAACUUUGUCUUUAUAUGGGUCUCAUGUUGCUCAUGUCAGUACUGAGCAGGAGGCUGGAGAUCCGACAGCUGCUUUUUUACGCCAUUCCUGCUGGAGCUCUGUCACUAGCAUUAACUAUAGGCAUUGACUCAUUCUUCUGGAAUAAGCUGCUUUGGCCCGAAGGCCAGGUACUGUGGUACAACACCAUCUUGAACAAGAGCUCCAACUGGGGAACCUCCCCCUUUCUGUGGUAUUUCUAUUCUGCUCUGCCUCGUGCGCUAGGCAGCACAAUAUUGUUUGUCCCCCUAGGCCUACUGGACCGACGGUCACAAGCCUUACUGCUCCCUACUGUAGGAUUUAUUCUUCUGUACUCCUUCCUGCCCCAUAAGGAGCUGCGCUUUAUCCUCUACACCUUCCCUGUGUUGAAUAUAGUUGCUGCACGGGGCUGCUCAUUCAUUCUGAACAACUACCACAAAUCUUGGAUGUAUAAACUUGGCUCCGUGAUCGUGGUUUGCCAGUUAUUGACAAAUUGUGCCUACUCCAGCAUAUCUCUGUAUGUGUCCCAUCACAACUACCCUGGAGGAAGGGGGAUACAGGAACUACACAAACUAGUACCAUCUACAUCAGAUGUCUCUGUUCAUAUUGAUGUAUUGGCUGCCCAAACUGGAGUGUCACGAUUUUUAGAACUGAACAGAAACUGGAGAUAUGACAAGAGUGAACAUGUUGGCCCUGGUCACCCGGAUAUGAAGACAUACUCCCAUGUUUUGAUGGAGGCUAAUAGCACCCAGGUAGCACUACUCAAAGCCUCCCACAAGCCUUUGGCCUUCAUCCAAGGUUACAGCAACAUGGCACUGAAUGCCUUUCAGUUUCCUUUCUUAAGUAUAAAGCUGGAAAACAAACUGGUGUUGCUAGAAAAAGUCACUGACCGCAAGCAUCCCAGUUGAGCAAAGGACUGUUAUUUGAGUAUUUUCUUUCAAUGACCAAAAUGUAAAUAACUGAGUUGCUGUGUUUAUUGAGUGUUGUGUUAUUUUUAAUGUUGUGAUAUGUUGGUGCAUUGAAGCCAGGUAAUGUCAAGAUACAUUGAUAGUAUCACCUGUUUUUAUGUCAAUGCCACACUGUACGUACAAUUAUUAAAAAUUUUACUAUA